AUGAUGAUGACCAUAGACGCCAACCAGCACCGAUUUGCACCGCUAAACUACGACCACAUGUCUUAUCAAUCCAACCAGCCACACUUCACCAACCCUUGGGGUUCGUCUUCGGGUCCUGGAGGCCCGCCUCCUCCCCAGCAGCCCGCUCCCCAGAACAUGUACAUCAACAACCGUGACAGCGCCGGCUUGCCGCACCUCAACCUCGCUGCACUCCCCAAGCGUCAGCACGAUGUCAGGAGCGGAAGUGUGUGGCCUCAUCAACCUACUGCUCCCGGCCCUGUCACAACUGUGCCAGCAGGUAGCGCCCCCAUGGCGGAUGUCUAUAGGCAGCAGGACUUGCUCUCUAUGCCCCAAGACCACCUCCUAGGUCUCAACCGCAUGCCCCACCCAACCACAUCGACAGCAUAUGAUACCUCCGCCUACACCACAUCUGCUUCCCCCGUUAGCACCAGCUAUCCCCCUUCGACAUCACAGUAUGAGCUCGGCUACCCACCUGCCACCAUGAGGGGUGCCUUUGGCAUGGCUGCUGAUGACACUGCGAGAAGGUACUCACAGCAGGGAAUUCAACCUGAUGAUCGGAGAAGCUUCCAAGAUGCGCUUGAGGCUAGCCAAGGCAUGCUUACCAUGAGCCAAGAGACACCAAGGAAUAUCUACGAUGUGCGAAACCGUGCUAGGGGCUCUACCGACUCGUACGGCUUCCCCCAGACGCACUCCACAGGUUCUAGCGUUUCUUCUGCGAGCUAUGGGUACUAUGGCAGUUCAGUUGAUGGGUCAAUCAGCGAUUACUCGACCGCGGGCUCUGACAUUGAGUCGCUCUCGGGCCGGACACUUCCUCGCCCUCAAGGCUUGAUGUCGAGCCAGCCCCCGGCACCGCAGUCUAUGAUGGGCUCCUUCAGCUCCAAGGUGUCGACAAGUACUUCCAAGAAGCACAAGUGCAAGGUUUGCGACAAGCGAUUCACACGGCCUAGCUCACUCCAGACCCACAUGUAUAGCCACACUGGUGAAAAGCCCUUCCACUGCGAAGUUGAGGGAUGCGGUCGCCAAUUCUCAGUUGUCUCUAACCUCAGGAGACACAAGAAAGUCCACAAGCCUCAGAGCGAGACGCCAUCUGAGACUGGUUCCGAAGCGGAUCAGCACUCGGAAUAA